AUGUCUUGGACACAAACCACUUUUCGCUUAGCAAGUAAACCACGUGGGUGUCAUUUAAUUACGAAUGAGGUCGAGAAAAACGUCCCCGAACUGAGAAAAUAUCGUGUUGGACUGGCUAACGUGUUUAUACAGCAUACAUCCGCUUCAUUAUGUUUGAAUGAAAAUGCCGAUCCGGAUGUACGUGAAGACAUGGAAAUGGGAUUAAGUAGAUUAGUUCCUGAAAAUUGGCCAUACAUACAUUCUGCUGAAGGACCUGAUGAUAUGCCUGGUCAUUUGAAAAAUGCAAUAAUCGGCGCAUCGUUGAAUAUCCCAAUUACUGAUGGGCGAUUGAAUUUGGGUACUUGGCAAGGAACUUUUGAAUUAUCAAAUAUGUCACUUUUCGAUCCUAUUAUAAAAAGUGAUAACAACAAUGUAAUUCAGGUUGAAAUCCUCACGACAAAUUUAAUUGAUAUGGUCAAAAAAAUAUAUAAUGCAACUUACGAGAGCCAGGAUCCUAUUGAAUUGGAAAUUGCUUGGAGAAAUUUGAAAUCCGUAUUUAUCGUUCAAAUGUUGAUAGAAAGAACACGCACGACUUACGAAUUUCCUAUUGAACUGGUGACCGAUCAAAUCAAAUUUAGUGAAGCAAAUUAUAAACCACACGUUGUCGUAAAGUUACCUGAUCAAAAAGGAUUACGCAAAAAAGCAGCAAUUUUUUCCCGUAUCUCUAAAACUGUUGACAUCAAGGCCAACCGACAAGGAAAAUUACAAAUCAAUGGUCUUUCCCCCUAUUCUAGCUUUCGAUGCAAUUGGGACAAACUGCAAUAUACGAGCCUCCCGAUGGUUUUCGAUGUGAAUGCACCAACUGCUCCCGAUGAAAUAAGAAGCGUGAGAGUAUUGGCAGCGACUUUAGAUAAGGUGGUGAAUGGGUCGGACUUCGAUGUUCAUACGGUUGCUGGUAUUUGGGAGAAUUUAGCAUUGAAACUUCAAAUUUAUCUCGAUAAGGAAUUUAGAGCGAAAGUAGCAGAAAUCUUUAUCAGACAGUUCAACGAUGACUAA